AUGGCCGCCGCAAUCGAACAAAAAACCCUCUUCACCCUCCCCAUCGCCCCCUCCGCCUCCCAACCCGGCGGCCACCUCACCUGCUCCACCCCAUCCGAAGGAUCCAGGAUUUACAUCCUAACCCUCACCUCCCCGCCCGACAACCGUCUAACCGACACAUUAUGCACCACCCUCCUCUCCGCCUUGGACAUCCUCGAAUUCUCUCCCGACCGCUUCCCCCCCGGCGUAGUAAUAACCACCUCCUCCCUGCCCAAAUUUUUCAGCAACGGUCUCGACCUCGAAAACGCCCUGUCAGACCCCUCCUUCCUCCCAGACAAACUCUACGCCCUCUUUAGGAGAUACCUAACCUACCCCAUGCCCACCAUCGCUUUACUAAACGGACACGCCUUCGCGGGCGGCCUAAUGCUCGCAAUGCACAUGGAUUACCGCGUCAUGAACCCCUCGCGCGGAUUUGUGUGCGUGAAUGAGCUUGAUUUCGGGGUGCCGCUGAAGCCGGCUAUGAGCGCCAUUUUCAGAUUGAAGUGCGUCCCGCAGACGUAUAGGAAGUUGGCGUUGGAGGCGCAUAGGUUUGGCGGGAAGGAGGCGAGGGAGGCGGGGAUUGUGGAUCUUACGGGAGGAAUGGAGGAGACACUGAAAUUGAUUAAGGAGAGGAGGCUGACGGAGAAAUGUAAGAGUGGGAUUUAUGGGGUUAUGAAGGGGGAGAUGUAUAGGGAGAGUGUGGAGGGGUAUUUGACCGGGGAGGGACAUGUCAAGGAGGAGGAGAGGGUGAGAGCGCUGCAUGAGAGUGAGGAAAAGAGGAGGGAGGUGGGGGAGAAGAGGGUUGGUGAGAUUUUGAGUAAGCUUUAG